AUGGUCACUCCGCUUCCAACAUUCCCUUCGGGUCGAGCAACCAGUCCAUCCAAGAAAGAGGAGUUGCGAAGAAAGGCUCGUCAAAUGCUUGAAAACCCUUCAGCCGCUGUUUCGGCCAUGAAAACUCGAUCAGAUGAUGACAACAAGCGCCGCGAAGAAGCUCGCCGUCUUAUCGAAGACGCUGUAACUGAUGGAGCUACCUAUGUUGUUGGCCCUGGUAGUGUGUAUUGUUGUGGUUGUAAUCUCAAGAUAGUAUUCGUUAGUCGAAGCGUCAACAUCCGAGACAAGUUGGCUGCGAAACUCCAGAUCGCGUUCGCCUCUCAAUGGCUCGAGUUCAGAUCUACGGAGAAUUGAGCUAGUACGACCAUCGAUCACCAUCCACACAUUCAACAAACGCGAUCCAUCACCUGUUCUGCAGCGGAAACAUUGUUAGCAUGCAUUUUGUUGUGUCUGAGUGACGAUGCCCCAGUUAUACCGGGAAUGGGUCGACCAACACAAAUGAUAAACGAUCGUUUAAAGUCUCGUGGCGCAGCUUCGUCGACUUUUGACAGAGUGAAGAGGUAUGGAAGCAUGAGAAGCCAGGAACUGAAAGAAGCUAUGGCGCAACUAGCUAAACAGUACGGGCAUAACUCAUGUCCUGAACGUGAAGCACGUGUUCAGCUCACCUGUCUUGCUAAGUUGAGGAUAUGA